GUAAUGCACUAGAGCAUGACAGGAAUUUUGUCAUGAACUACACGUUCUAAAUAAGUACCACCUUGUUCAGAACGUUGUGAUUGUAAAGUUAGCUGUGAAACGAAAAAUGGUAGUCGGGACAAGUGAUUUUGUAAUCAUGCUUAGUGGGGCAAAUUUAUGCAACAAUCUAAUCAUCAUUUGAUCUGAUGAUCUGAUUUACGUUGACUAAAAGUUAACAGACGAACCCUUCAAACAUGGCGGAUACACAAAUGAAACAGGAGGCACUGGAAACGGCCAAUGGCAAAACAACACAGAACCGUGGGCUAAUUGUCACCAGAGCGGGAGCAAAGCGACGCAAGUUCACUUCCCAGACACGGAAGAUGACCAACCGCAACACCAAUGGACACACUCUCCCGGCACGACGAUACCCAAGCAUCGAGGAACUCCUGAGUUCAGCGGACUCAUCAAAUUCUCUGGACUACCAGGGAUUCGCCGGGGACCAUUCUCCUGCAUCAAGGAACUUUGUCAGCAGCAGGGGCGGGGAAACUCUGGCCCAGAGGGAGUCCAACGCCAUGGUCCAGCUCCGAGCAGAGCUGGAGCAAUACAAGCAAGAGAACAGGGAGCUGAGGGCCAGACUAGCAGAACUUCUCAAUUUGAGAGAAUUGGAGAAAACAUUGAGAAUGACCCUGCAAAGCUUUGGGGUGCCGACACCCAAGUCCCCAAGGGAGGCCUGCCCAUGUAGUCAUAGUUACGAGUCGCCAUGGCAAACAGAACCGGAGUUUCAACAGAUAUACUCGAGCAGUGAAGAAGAGGAGGAAGAAGUAACAGAGUUCCAGAGAGCCAUUCCUUCCCAGUCACUGGCUACAAAACCGAGACUGUAUCAGACAGCAGUGCAGCCACAGCCGCAGCCACAGCUGCAGCCCCAGCCCCAAUCACAACAUCCCAACCCAAACCCAAGCACCUUGUACCAAGCAAAUAGUGGCAGGGCUCGACAAGACUUUCAACGUUUUCCCAGGAACACGGCUGCCUGCCCCGCCACCCAGGUAGAACUGGUCCCUUCCAGUGGCAUCUAUGUCGACUCCAACAGGCUGAGUUCCAUUGCCUUCAAGAAGGGCUGGAGCUACACCUUACUGACCCGUAGCCUGAUGCCCAUGGUCUUCAACACACAGGAGAUGGAGAGCAGCUGCGUCCGAGGGGAGAGAGCCACGGGCAAGGGGUCCCUGAACUCCCCAGCCAGGCCGGCGCUGGACCAGGCCAAAGUGCAAGCGAUCAUCACAUUCGUCAGCGGCCAGUUCCCAGACAUCCAGCCUUACCAGAUCACCCAGACUAUGAACCAGAAGCUAGUGGACGUCAGAGGCACCAUCAAAAAGAGGACACAGGCAGCCAAGUUUGUAAAAUAAACAAGUCACCUUGUCACACUAAAGCCACCAUGCUCUCGUUUUACAAUGUACAUGUAGUUGGCGUGACAUGUAGUCACAUAUUCAUGAGUGUUACAGAACAUGGCCAUGAACUACAUGGGAGUGACCAACAGUCAGAUGACUGCCUUUUUCAUAGUACACACUUGUUAGUGACGGGUUCACUAUGUAAAUUUAUGCUGUGAUGUGUUUUGUACAACAGAGU